UGGAGAAGUUUAAUAUAGUUUAUCACCGUCAUCUCCUGCUGUGAGCCUGGCAUAUCUCCUAGGAUGCCCUAAUUACAUGCAUGGAACACAUGCACACUGUCUGUAUCGGCCUGUGUUCAAAGGAGAGCAGCUAGUGUCUUGCCAAUUCUGUAUCCUAGUCAGUUGAUGCAAGUUAGGGCGGCGCUACAGAGGACAAAAAACUCUAGGUAGCUGAGAGUGAAAUGAGCUCGAUUCCAGUCUCACAGCUGUCCUACACACUAAAACGUGUUUCAUCUACUGGCCAGAGGAAUGUCCGAAAGUAGUGGACAUAUCUGAGAAGUUGUGCUUGGAUGCUCUAACAACUCAGCGGUGCUCUUUCAAUGCCAUGGCCGCUCAGAGCGACUCAUUGAGCGGAUACCUGCAACAGUCCGAUCCAGGGUCCAAUAGCGAGCGCAGUGCGGAUUCUCCACUACCUGCUUCGGAGGAUGGCUCGUGCGGGACACCGGCCCCGUUUGACCCCGAGUGGACCGAAGAUAGGUUUCGAGUGGACCGCAAGAAGCUGGAGCUUUUGUUACUGGCCGCCUCUGAGAGCAGGGUGAACGGAGGCGAGGACUUCUUCCAGAAGGUGAUGGAAGAGACCAGGACCCAGAUAGCCUGGCCGUCCAAGCUGAAAAUCGGGGCCAAGUCCAAGAAGGACCCUCACAUCAAGGUGUGUGGGAAGAGAGAGAGUGUGAAGGAGGCUAAGGAGAGGAUCAUGUCAGUGCUUGACACCAAGAGUAACCGCGUGACCCUGAAGAUGGACGUGUCCCACACAGAGCACUCCCACGUCAUCGGGAAGGGGGGCAACAACAUCAAGAAGGUGAUGGAGGAGACCGGCUGCCACAUCCACUUCCCUGACUCCAACCGCAACAACCAGGCGGAGAAGAGCAACCAGGUAUCCAUUGCUGGUCAACCAGGGGGUGUUGAAGCAGCCAGAGCGAAAAUCAGAGAGCUGCUGCCCCUGGUGUUGAUGUUUGAGCUCCCUGUGAUAGUCCAGGUGAACCCUGACCCCAGCUCCCCGGCCAUCCAGCACAUCUCCCACACUUACAACAUCUCCGUGGCCUUCAGGCAGCGCUCGCGCCUCUACGGAACCACAGGCGUGGUCCGCGGGUCGCAGAACAACACAGACAAUGUCAAGCGUGGCACAGCAGUGUUGCUUGAGCACCUGGCGGGGGGCCUGGCGGGGGCCAUCUCUGUAUCCACCCAGCUGGACAUCGCCCCCCAGCACCACCUCUUCAUGCUGGGCCGCAACGCCUCCAACAUCAAGCACAUCUCCCAGAAGACCGGCGCCCAGGUCCACUUCCCCGAGCCGGGCAGCGCUGGAGGCGGCGCCCCGAGGAAGUCCACGGUGUUCGUCCAGGGCAGCAUCGAGGCCGUGUGUCUGGCCAGGCAAUAUCUCAUGGGUUGUCUGCCGCUGGUCCUGAUGUUUGACAUUAAGGAGGAGCUGGAGGUGGAUCCCCAGGUGGUCUCCUCUCUGAUGGAGCAGCUGGAUGUCUUCAUCAGCCUCAAACCCAAACCCAAACAACCCAACAAGUCUGUAAUAGUGAAGAGCGUGGAGAGGAAUGCAGUCAACAUGUACGAGGCCAGAAGGUUUCUUCUGGGGCUGGACACCAACGGGCUCUCCUCCGCUCCACCUCUCCUCCUCCUCUCCUCCUCCUCCUCGCCCUGCUCCCCCGGCCCCGGGUCCCGCUGCAGCCCCCCCUCUGCAGGCCCAGCCGGGACCCCAACAGAGCUGGAUAUCCUGGCCUCGGCCACAGCCGCCGCUGGCCUGGGACUCACCAGCCUGGGUCUGUUGGGUCCAGUCUCAGCCUCCAUGUCCAGUUCCGCUGCUCACAGCUCUCUGCUCAACGCUCUCAACAGUUCCAUCAGCCCCCUGCACACCCCUGGCCACGGCUCUGGGACCCCCACCCCCUGGCCCCCCUCCCUCCCCAACACGGUCGGCACACCUGGGUUCUCCCCUCCCUUGCUGAUCCAUCAAGCCAACCAGGCCCGUCUCACCAGCAUCCUGCUCUCCAGUGUCCAUGGAUACACACACUCCACCCCAUCUCCCCCCCCCGGCCUCGCACCCCUUCAGGGAUACACACAGACACACUCCACCCCCUCCCCCCCGCCAGGCCUGACCCCCCUCCAGGCGUACACACACUCCACUCAUUCCCCUCCCCCUGGCCUCACCCCCAGAGACUCCCAGACCAAUGGGGUCCCUGACUGCAGCAAGGCUGUCAGUGUGCUCAACGGGCUUAUCAAGCACCCCAGCUCCGUGUACAGUCGUAUGUCAACAACAGGUUGCCUGGCUGACCAGGUGCUGAACCCCAACCACGGCAACCAUGGUAACCACAGCAACCAUAGUAACCACAGCGACUCGGCCCAGGAGCCCGGCAGUCGCUGUCCAUCAGAACCUUGCUCCAGCAAGACUGUCCAGGACCAGGGCUCCAAUGAUGCAUUUGUGGAGGUGGGCAUGCCCAGAAGCCCCUCCCAGUCAGGAAGUGGCGUGGAGCUGAAGCAGAUGCUGGCUUCCUGUAAGACCGCCUCAGGGAAGCGACAGGCUCUGGAUCUGCUGCAGGGCUCCAAGCACUCUCACCUGCAUUCCGACUGCCUCCUGUCUGACUCCGACUCCAGUGCGUCUGACAGCCCUGUGGCAGACAAGCGGGCGCCGGGCAGUGAGAGGGCAGCGGAACGGGCAGCAGCUGCCCAGCACCACACCUCUGACAGGAUCAGGCUGGAACCUCAGCCCUCGUAUGCCAACAUGGAGGCCUUUGACUACGAGCAGAAGAAACUUCUGGCAACUAAAGCCAUGUUGAAGAAGCCAGUGGUGACGGAGGUUCGAACCCCGACAAACACCUGGUCUGGUCUGGGCUUCUCCAAGUCCAUGCCUGCUGAGGCCAUCAAGGAGCUGCGCAGGGCCAACCACGUACCCUACAAACCCUCCAUGAGCACCACCUACGAGGAUCCACCUCUGUCCCUGUCCCGCUCCAAUAGUAGGGAGGUCCUGGGAAAUGGCAGCGAAUCAGACAACUGGAGAGACAGGAACAGCUUGGCUCUGUCCGCCCACUCAGAAUACCCAUCAGGCCUCUGUCCCAAGAGGAAGCAGAACAAAGCAGUGGAGCAGUACCUGAGCAGCAGCAGCAGUGCUGGGGGGUGUGGGGGUGGAGGAGGAGGGGGCUACGUGGACUGUCUGUCCUCCUCCCUCUCCUCCUCCCUCUCCUCCUCCCUCUCCUCCUCCCUCUCCUCCUCCCUGGCCUCCUCCCUGGUCUCCUCCCUGGCCUCCAGUAAGGCCUGCAGCCUCAACUCCUCCUUCAAAGGCUCCGACCUGCCUGAGCUCUUCAGCAAGCUGGGCCUGGGGAAGUACACGGACAUCUUCCAACAGCAGGAGAUUGAUCUCCAGACGUUCCUGACCCUGACAGACCAGGACCUGAAGGAGUUGGGGAUCUCUACCUUUGGAGCCCGCAGGAAGAUGCUGCUAGCCAUCUCAGAACUGAACAAGAACAGGAGGAAGCUGUUUGAGCCUGCCUCCAACAUUAGGUCAUCCUUCCUGGAAGGGGGCGCUAGUGGCCGGCUAACGCGCCAGUUCCACACAGACAUCGCUAGUGUGAGUGGCAGGUGGUAGAACCAAUCAGAGCCCUGAGUUCAUCAGCGGUUGCAGCCAACUGGACAAAAGAGUAACCCCAAAAAGGAACAUUGAGGAAGAGGCCAUUUAAAAACCUUCUGUGGUUGAUUAGGGUUUUUUUUUUUACUUUUUUUUGUGAAGAGUUGUACAUACAAUAAGUGUAUGCUGUGUGUAUACCCAAGGGGUCAUAUUUGAAGGACUCCUCAGAGGUGGCAGAGUGGACAUCUCUAAAAGGGACCAGACAGGAGCAGACAAAACAACCUGUUAAGGGGAAUCAAAUACCAUUGGUGUUGUUCAAGUUUCUUGCACUUUAAAAUGAUUUAUUACCAAAUAACUUGCCUGUGGAUACAUUUGUCCUCUGCUCCACAUGUCAAUAAUAAGACAGGACUCUACAGGAAAUCCUUGGGUUGUUUGGAUUUGAAUUUCUAGAGGGAGUUGUGAUUAUGGCCCGGAAUGCAUUAGUGAACUGUCCCUUUAGAGGUGUAGGAAGUAAUUAUACAAUUUCUCUAUGGAUUCCUAUAUUAUUUAAAGCCAAUGCAUUAGUUUUGUCUUCCUUAAACUAGAUUCUGGGAUUAACUACUGUGGGAUAUGUCAUUCUAUAGAACAGAAUCAAAGUUGUGUGUUUCAUAAUACAAUAACACCACCUGUGCAUGGUCUUAUUCUUUGGGAUGAGGUGUUUUUGGUGAGACUGCACAUCAACAGCACCACCCAGAGAGGAGUUCAUGCCUUGUGAAGAUGUGUUGCUGCCUUACAUAUCUGAAUGUGGAAAGACUGGAGCAUCCAUGUUCUGUCCAGUCAGUAUAGGUGAGGACUAUAUGGACACUAUUCAGUAUUGAUUGUACAGUUUUUGUAUCUUGUUUCCUGUCCUGAAAUAGUUUUUGUUACAACAUUUGUCAUCUCCGGACCAAAGUAGCCAAUAGGACUUCUACACUCCGCCAAUGAAGGACAUUAGGUAGUGUUGUGUGGAUGUCAAACUGUGAAUGUUCAUAGUUGUCUGUUACAAAAGCCAUUUUUUCUAGUUGUAGACAACCAACAGCAGUGCCUUGCAUCAAAAAUGCCUAUUCUCUGCAUGUCUGUAUUCAAUGUUCCUCCAUUCUGAACUUGGUGGUGCAGUCCUUUAUAAUGAGUUGAGGAGUGCUUGAUUGAUCUCUCCUGGUCCAGUGGAACAAAUGGAUUCAUCUCAUAAAAUGUGCUUGAUCAUGCUGCAGGACUGUUGAAAUCAAGCGCAACUCAAACAGACAUGAAGCCCCAGUUCUAGAAGGUACGCGGCCACCAGGUUCAGAGUGUGUGUGUAAAUGUAAACCACUCAUGGAAUGGUUACAGUGUUCCUUGGGCAGUUCAGUGUCUUAGAAAUAUCCAAUGUUUUACUGUAAUGCUAAAAUUGUGUGUUGACUUUGAAAUUAUGGAAUGUUGACUUUGUGUAUUGCUAGAGGUACAACAGGUAUUUACGUGUUUAGUAAAGGUUCGGUUCACAGCUUCUAUAUAUCAAACACAAUUAUUUUAAACAGGGAAUAUUAUUGAAACAGAGACUUAUACUUUAUGUAGGGCUGUAAACUCCCAGUCAUGAUGUGGACAUUGUCGAGAGACAUCUCUACAUGUGUAAAGGAGGUGGUUUGGAGAUGGGGGGACAUGGCCUGGCUCCUAGAGCUAAGGGCUAGAUGAUAAGUUAGUGAAUCUUCACACCUCCUUGAUGCUGGUGACGCCCAUUCAAAUACCUCCAUCCAAAUAUGCUUAAUGUAUUUUACUUUGGUACUUGUUGGUACUUCAGAGUUCAUCCUACCGGCCAACCGAUUGUUAUUCCACAAACCAGCAACAGAGUUGAGUUGUAAUGAUGGUAAGCUAGGGACCAUCACUGUCACAGAGGAAUACUUUAAUACAGAAGGAUAAUAUAAGGGACAUGAUAUAUAAUGGAAUGAAUGUACAAAUGGCAUGGCUUGAGUAUAGCCACACUCAGCAUGUCUGUUGAUUACACAUCUCCCAGUGCCUUACAGUUGACCUUUUGACCUAGUCGCAGAUGCAGUUGUUAUUCACACUGUUCUCAGAGAAAGUUGUUCCAUAGUUUUUUAUACUGUUUAUAUUUGUUAUAUCCCAUUUUGAGGCAUUGUUACAAAACAUUAAAAAUCAUAGUCUUUA